GACGCGCCGCCGCCGCUUGCCCCCAACCGCCGCCCGCGGGGCUGGCUCCAUUCAGACCGCGAAAAGCGGCGGCCGCGUUCACGCCUCUGCACCCGGAUCCCGACCCCGACCCUGAUCCCGACGCGGACCCGGACACCUACCAGGAGUCGGAACCAGACCCCGACCCGGACCCCGACCCAGACCCGGACCCCGCCCAAUCCCAGACCCCGACCCGGAACCAUGAGCCCAACCCGGACUGAGACCGCGACCCCCGCAGGUGCGGGCCACCUGUCGUGAGCUCUUCCAGCGGGUGUGUGAUGUGACCAGCAUCAAAGAAGCCCACUUCUUUGGCCUCAGCGUGGUCAGAGACAACGAGUUCAUGUUCAUGGAUUUGGAGCAGAAGAUCAGCAAGUACUUCCCCAAGGACUGGAAGCGGCAAGUGCACAAAGGUGGGAGGCCCCGCGCGCCCUUCGUGAGCUUCCUCAGGGUGCAGUACUACGUGGAGGACGGCAGGGUCAUAAGCGACAAGAGAGCCAGGCACCUGUACUACUGCCACCUGAAGGAGCGUGUGCUGAGGUCCGAGUGCACCCACCGCGAGGAGGCCUACUUCCUGCUUGCCGCCUACGGGCUGCAGGCCGACCUGGGCAACCACCGGGAGCUGGUCCACGUGGGGAGGUACUUCGAACCGGAAGCCUACUUUCCGCAGUGGAUCAUUGCCAAGAGGGGCAGCGCCUACAUCCUCAGGCACACGCCCGCUGUGCACCGUGAGCAACGGGGCCUCGACCCCAAGGAGGCAGUGCUGCGCUUCAUCAGGGAGGCCUGCCGGCUUGAGGACGUGCCUGUCCACUUCUUCAGGCUGUAUAAGAAUAAGAAGGAGGACAGGCCUACCAUCGUCCUGGGACUGACCCUCAAGGGAAUGCAAGUCUAUCAGGAGGCGGACCACGCUCCCAAGCUGCUCUAUGACUUCCCCUGGUCCCACAUCGGGAAGCUGGUGUUUCUGGGGAAAAGGCUGGAGAUCCAGCCGGACGGGCUGCCGUCGGCGCGGAAGCUGGUGUAUUACACGGGCUGCGCCUCGCGCUCCGGCCACCUGCUGCGGCUGUUCAGCGCCACCCACCUGCUGCGGCUCACGCUGCGACCCACCCUGCGGAGGCUGCAGCAGCUGGAGGAGGCGGAAGAGAAGCAGCACUAUCGGGAGUCCUACGUCAGUGACACGCUGGACCUGGACCGAGACCCGGGUGACAAGGGCUCCCCGGGCUCCCCCCGCAGCGGGCGUGGUGGCUGGCAGCUCCCGGAGCACCCGUCCCUCGGCUCGGCUGACAGCGGCAGUAGCCCCCGCUUGCGAGGCAUCGAGGCAGACGCUGGGCCCGCGGAGCCCUGGGGGGUGUCGGUGGACGAGCCCUGGGGCACCGAGGCCGUGCUUGGGGAGGUGCCACCCUGCAGCCCCAGCCCCAGCCAGAGGAGCCACGGCACAGAUGGUGGCCACGGAGGCGGGCGCGAGGUGGAGGCCCAGGAUCGGGGAGACGCCUCUUGCAAGGAGCCCUUGGCGGCCGUGCAGGUCGGGCUGAUCAGGACGUGGGGCCGCAGCGCGGAGGCCCUGCACCAGGUAUGUCCCCAGAUCCCAGAGGCAGAUCCGCACUGCCACGGCCUGGACCAUGCACCACCGGGACCCUGCGGAGUGAGGUCCUCGAAAUGCCUCUCCCUGGUCCUGUGCAGGGAGGACCAGCUCCCAGAAGAGUUUGUGGUGUAGACACCCAGAGGUGUGCCUCUGCACGUGGGGCUCAUCCACGGGGGGCUCAUCCACACGGCACGGCUUGUCUGCCCGGGGCUCCGUCUACACAGCAUGGCCCGUCCACGGGGGGGUUCAUCCACACGGCACAGCUCGUCCACGGGGGCUCAUCCACACGGCACAGCUUGUCCGCCUGGGGCUCCAUCUACACAGCACGGCCCGUCCACGUGGGCUCUGUCUACACGGCACGGAUGCAUCCACGUGGCAGGGCUUGGUCCACAGUCCCUGGCCCCCGCCCUUUUGUGUGCUGGAGGCCCCGCCACCGCCCCGUUGACCGAGACCCUCUUCCUAUGGGUUCACCCGCCAGCCGUAUGGAGAAGCCUGGAGGGAGUAGGAGGACCCGCUUCUCAUGCCCGCCAUGAUGGGUCCAGACUCCUUCUGUCUUAGUGUCAGGAGGCAGAAGUCAAGGCGUGGCCACCCCGUCUGCAGGUGGCUCAGGGGCGCCCCCCACCCGUCCACUCUGGAAGGAAGAUGUUGGCUGUUCCCGUGUGUGGGAGAGACCCUUCCGGUUCCCUCUGCACAGACCCCCCCCCCCCCCCCAGUGGACGGCCAGACCAGGUGCACAGCCUUCUGGGAGCCUUUGACCCAAGGUCACGGUCACCUGUCACGGCACCGGCCCCAGCUUCCUCUAGACCGCUCUGCCGCCCCUGCUGUUCACGAUCCCGGAGGCCUCUCUGUGAGGUGUGGGCCCAGCUGUCACCCCACGACAGACCUGGCCUGUGGGUGACCCCUGCCCACCCCUAACACGAUGCGUUCACCGCAGGGCUCCAAGCCUGGAGUCGCAGCGGCACGUGGACGCCCGGUCCCUGCGGGGCCUACGGAGCCCGAGAGGCGGCUGGGCCAUCCCGAGAAGCCAGGAUGCAGAUUCUGAAUGUUCCUGGCCCUGCCCCCCCAAGACCGAGCUGAGCGUCCCGUCCCUUUCCAGCAGAGGUCACGCGGGUCACUGACCCGCCGUCCCCAGGCGCGGCCGGGGCUCCCGCAGCGCGGGUCACCCGUUAGAGCUCAGAAGGCGGCGGGUGAGAUAGGGCAGGGUGGGGACUUGACCCAGCCGCCCCCUCGGCCCGGACCCAAGCUCCACGUCUGGGGCUGGAGAGACUUCCGGGCUUCGCGCGGCCUUCCCGAUGGGGCGGAGGUUUACAGGUCAUGCCGUGGCGGGUCCUGGAAAAGUGUGCUUCUGAGGGACAGCACCCUGCCCUCGGGGCUGUGCCAUCGGUGUGUUGAGAGGCCGUGAGCAGGCAGCACGUGACGGCAGGUGCGUGGCCCCGGCCCCAGCCUCAGCGGCCAGCUUGCCUUUGGAGCACCGGGGCAGGAGCACCGCGCCAGCCUCCACAGGCUGGGAGGACAGAGCGGGGUCCUCCCAGACGGGAGGUUCAAAGGCGGGGCGGCCUCCCGGGGCCGGGGCGCGCUCCCUCCCCAGGUCCAGGCCCGGCUGCCAGGUGGCCUUCCCGCGGCCAGCCGCCACCUGGAUGGAGCGGAGUCGUUGGCGGAGGGGGUGCGCGUCAGCAGGCUGGCGGCCUGUGUCCCCGGAGGAAGGCCGGGCUGGCGCUGCGUCCCGGCCACCUCCCGACCCCAGGUGGGCCCCUGCCUCCUGUCCAGAGACCUGAGCAGGCGCUGGGAGCAGGUGCGGGGCGAGAGGGGUGGUAACAGGCCCUGAGCCUGACGGGUGUUAGGGUGCGGCUCGUUUUACCCGGGCCCCUCCCGCCUCUGCCCUGCACAGGAUCUGACGCCUGCUGUCCCCUUGAUCAGAUGGACUGGCGUGUGUCCGUCUGGUAGUCCCGAGCACUCAGCGGGUGACCGGAAGCCCGCUGCCACAGGGCCCUGUGCCUGUGACAUCGCCCGUCUCCCGUGCUCCUGCCCCGAAGGCCACGCCGGCGCGGCCAGCUCAGGCUCAUUUUGGAGACAGAGGGCAGAACUUGAGCCCGUGUGUGUGGGUGCACACGUGUGUGGGGGCACAUGCGCAGGUGGGUCCACAUGUACACACAUGUAUGUGCGAGUGUGUCCGUGCACGCACACAUAUGUGCGUGGGUCCACACCUAUGUGUACACGCGUGCGUGCACGCACGGGAACGUGUGUGGGUCCGUGUGCACAUGUAUGUGCACGUGUGUGGGUCUGUGUGUGCACGCACGCAUGCACACGGCAAGUCUGAUGCCGCCCGGGCCGGGCUUCCUGACCCUUUCUGUGAAAGGAAAUCUGGGUGUGUGCA